ACGGCAGGCAGAGGCAGCUGAAACCUACCCACCCCUUUCUUCCCGGGCUUUCAAAGCACCAAGAGAGGGGAGCUUCCAAGAUGUUCAAAGGGGUGGGCAAAGGCUCGCCGAGCAGGAGCUCCCCAAGCAGAGGGCUCCCAAUCAAGCAAACCAAAUCCUCAAGUGGCAAUGACCUGGCUGUGCUCAUCUCACGGAUGCAACAAAGCGCUGACCAAGUGGAAAAGAACAUCCUUGAAACACAGACCAAACUUAAGCAGGAUACCAAUAACCACCAGCAAAGCAAGACUUUUGAGUUCCAGCAGCAGAAUGCCAAAAACCUGAAGGAGUCCGAGACCUUGUUGAAAGAUCUUUUCCUGGAUGUGGACAAAGUCAAGCGACUUAAGCACCCUCAGGCCUUAGAAAUAGAAAAAGACAUCAAGCAGCUCCAUGACCGGGUGACACACCAAUGUGCUGAAUAUCGGGAUCUCUAUGAAAAAUUUACACUACCUGAAACUGGACCCAAAGUGGACUGGGCAAAAAUACUUGAACAAAAGCAGAAAGAAGUCGAUACAGGGAAGUAUGGACCUACUCUUCCAGAGCUGGAGAAACAAAUAGCAGAGCACAAUAUUCUCCAGAAGGAAAUAGAAGCAUAUGGCCUUCAGAUCAAGAAUCUCCAUAGUCCGGAAGCAGCAGAUUUAAAGAACCAAUACAAGAGUUUGCUGAAAGCCUCCAUGUGGCGAGGCCAGAGCUUGGGCAGCCUCUACACACAUCUCCAUGGUUGCACUAAGGAGCUGGGUUACCUCACAGACCAGCAGAAUAAGAUCCUGAAGCAGGAUUGGAGUGACCAAAUGAUCGAUCCCCAAUUGGUACGCCGUGAAUAUGAAGAGUUCAAGAAUAACGAGCUCCUUAACCAGGAAGAAUAUGUGAAUACACUCCAGGAUGAUGGCGAGAGGAUGAUUGAACUGAAGCAUCCAGCAGUGACCCCAAUCCAGGCUCAUCAGGACGCUCUGAAGAAUGAGUGGCAGAAUUUUCUCAAUUUGUGUAUCUGUCAGGAGAACCAUCUGAAGAAUAUAGAGAACUACAUAAAGUUCUACGAUGAUGCUGAUGCUGUGAGCCAGUCGCUUGACAAGCUGAACAGUGAUCUUGACACAAAGUACAGCAAGUUCAACAGGGACAGCCCAGGCGUGGUGUCUGACCUCAUCCUUCAGCUGGAGAAUGAUGAAAAGACUGUGAAACUGGCUGAGAAGAACAUUGCUGAAUUGAAACGGAGGAGUAAAGAGAUCAGCCCUUUGAAAAUGCGCAGAAUUCAGCCCUCUCAACCAAUCUCUGUGGAUAGUCUUUGUGACUGGGAUUCGGGUGAUGCGCAGCUUGAAAGAGGUAUGAGAUAUACUUUGAUGGAUAACAACAACCAGGAGACCUGGCUUGUACAGGACAGCAGCAGAGAGACUAAGGCGGCGCCUGCUGUCUGCUUUUCCAUUCCACCUCCAGAUCAAGAAGCCAUAGACAGAGUGAAUAAGCUGGAAGGCGAACUGAAUACAGUAAAGCAGAAAAGAGCUACAGUUCAGAAUACUCUGAGAAGCAGCCACAAGGACCCUGUAAAGUCCAGCCAUCAGGCUCCAGUCAGGACCCCUGUGUUGGUCCAGGAUGAUUCCCAAGCUGAACAAUUGCUCUAUAAGCUGGAGAAAAUUAAUGGUGACUUGGGCCAGGUCAAGAAGGAGACUUUUAGCCGCAUGAGAGCCCCACUAAACCACAAUGACCCUAUAGAAGACCUUACUCAACGGAUCAGAGAGCAGGAGGGAGCAACAAGGAGACUUCAAGUCAUAGGAACAGAAAAGGAAACUGCUCAGAAAGAGUGUGAGUCGUAUCUUUCCAAGAAGCCUGCUGGCACCAUGGCCUCCCAGCUUCCUGUGACCCUUAACAAUACCAAGAACAAAUACAAUGAUGUUAAGGUGCUCUCGAGGCUCUAUGAUGAAAAAGCUAAAGCAGCCCUGAAUCUGGAGAAUCAGAUAGAGAACACAGACAGGAUCAUCAGCAACUUUGAAGCCAAAUUAUCUCAUGAUGGCACCAUCCCAGCCUCACCAAAUGCACUUCAGGAUCGAGCCAAUGAACUUCAGAAACUGAAGCGCGAUUUAGUAAAACAGGAGGACUGCUUGCUGAAGCUUAACCGCAGCCUUAAGGAUGCAGAGCAUUGCUGCAGCGCGGUCCAGAACAAUUUCCAAGAGUACUGUCCAGAUCUGCCAAGGCAGAAGAAGGAAGUCCAGCUCCUUAAUGACCGAUACCAUGCUGUGGCUGACCAGUUGGAUCACCGGGAGAAGACACUGCGGAACACUAGCCUCACCUACCAGCAGUUCCAAAAUGCCAAUGAGAACCUGAUGUUCUGGCUCAACAAUCUUCCCAAAUACCAGGUCAAGACCACAGAUGGACCCAGCCAGAUCAACUACAAGCUCCAAGCUCAGAAGAAGGAGGUCAGUGAGACAGUACAGGUGAUGCAUGGGCAGACCCAGCAAUCGGAAAACACAGGCAGAUCACUGAGAGAGUCAGAAGCCCUGAAAUCUCAGCUGGAAGAGGAAAAGAACAAGAAAGCCAGGGUUGAGGAAGAGCUGGAGGAACAAAGAAGCAAGCUUCUGAUGCUGAAGACCCAGCGGCCCAUAGAAAGAGUAGAGGAGAAAGAAGUAAUAGAGUAUUACAGAGAUCCAGCUCUGGAGAGUGACAUCUCUAAAAUAUCUCAUCAAAUUGAAGGUGAAAAGAGGAAGAGAGAGGGCCUAUUGGCGGAUAUUGAGAGAAUGAACAAUAAGGCACUCCAAAUGGAAACAGAGAAGAAGGUUGUGAAAAACCAGCUGCUUACAAAAGAAAUUACUAAGAUAGAGAAAGAUCCAAGCCUAGAUGCCCAAGCUGCCAGACUCCAAGAGGAAAUCAGGCACCUCCGUGAGAAUUCAAAUUCCUUCUCUGAACUUGAAAGGCUGAGGAAAGAGCUUCACAGGCUGGAGCAGAUGCAGCCAAAUAUCCGAGAGAAAGUGGUGUUAAAAGAGGUAGUCAAGCUGGAGAAGGACCCAGAGAUGCUCAAGGCAAUUAGGACACUGCAGAUGCAAAUUGAUGAAGAUAGUUUUAAAAGGAAGUCUGUCAUGGAGACAACAGCAAAACUGAAAAGUAGAAUUGAAGAGCUUGAAAAGCUGAUUGAAACAGCAGAACCAAAAGUCAUUGUGAAGGAGGUAAAGCAAGUGGAACAAGACCCAGAGCUUCUGAAGGAAUCUUCCAAGCUUCAAACUCUCAUUGAUGAGGAGAGGAACAAAAACUCGUUGCUAGCAAGUGAACUGGAAGAGCUACAAAGCAAAUACAGCACUGUAGAGAACCAAAAGCCUAAGGUUGAAGUUAAAGAAAGGAUCAAUGAAAUAUUUCGUAUAGACCCAGAAACAGAGCAGGAAAUAGCACGUUUGAAAAGAGAACUCCAAGAAACCACAAGGAAAAGGACAAGGGUUGACCAGGAGGUGGAAGCAGCCUUGGCUGAGCUGAAAGUUCUUAGAUCUCAGACCCCUACCGUGGAAUUUCAAGAGGUCAUCCAAGAGGUGGUGAAGACGGAGAAAAGUCCAGAGAUUCUAAGAGAAAUAGACAGGCUGAAACAACAGCUGAAUGACCUUGUGAAUGCAAAUGGCAGAUCCCAAGAACAGCUGAUCAGGCUACAAGGGGAAAGGGAUGGGUGGAAGAGGGAAAGAUCCAAGGUUGAAACCAAACUAGUUACAAAGGAAGUUGUUCGGUAUGAGAAUGACCCUCUGCUAGAAAGAGAGGCUGAACGCCUCCGCCAAGAAUUACGUAAUGCAUCACAAAAAAGAAGAGCAACAGAAGAUGAUGUCUAUGACCUGCAAAACAAAUACAUGCUUCUGGAGAGGAGAAAGCCUGAGGAAAAAGUGGUGGUCCAGGAGGUUGUUCUUACACAGCGAGACCCUAAGCUCAGAGAUGACCAUAGCAGGCUGAGCAAGAGCUUGGAUGACGAAGUGAGCAACCGCCGGCACCUGGAACGUGAGGUCCAACAGCUCAGGGCAGUGGUGGAAGAGAAAGAGAAAUUGCUCAACUUCCAAGAUGACCGAAACAAAAGGCUUGCUUUGGAAAAAGAAAUGAGGCAGAUCACCUUACGGAUAAAGGAAAUUGAGGAAAGCCCAGCCCCAGUCCAAGAGAAAAUAAUAAUGGAAGAAGUGGUCAAAUUGGAGAAGGACCCAGUUCUUGAGCAGUCCAGUACCAACCUGCGCAUUGAGCUGGACAAUGAGAAAGCUCAGGUGUUGAGCUUGCAGAGGGAGUGCAAGAGCCUUGAAGUCCAAAUUGACGUUUUGCAAAAAACAAAGUCCCAGGAAAAAACCAUCUACAAGGAAGUCAUUAGAGUAGAAAAGGAUAGAGCGCUAGAAAACGAGCGAGCGCGUCUCUGGGAUUUGCUAAGCAGGGAGCGAGCCAGCCGACAAAAUGCAGAAGAAGGUAUCAGGCAUCUCAAAGAAAAGAUUGAGAGAGCAGAAGGCAUGAUGAGAACAUGGUCCAGAGAAGAAGCUGAUCUCCAGAAAACUCGGAGUGCUGCUAUGCAAGAGAAGACCCAUCUUGAGAAUGAGUUAAGGGAACUGGAGAGGCAGAAGGACCAGAAAAUCCUCUUCCUUAGAGAGCAGUCCAAACUCCUGAGCCAAAGGACAGAGAAUGACAGGCAAAAGAAGAUGCAACUUGCUCAAGAGCUUUCUCGGCUUGAAUCAGAAAUACUUACAGAAAAAGAUCAGAUUUAUGAAAAAGAAAGGAAUAUCCGGGAACUCCAAUCCAAAGUUAACAGGGAGGAGCUGAACAAUGAGACCCAAAUGAGAGAGACCAAUCUCUCCACUAAGAUCUCUAUUCUGGACCCAGAGACAGGCAAGGACAUAUCACCCUACGAGGCCUACAAAAGAGGCAUGAUAGACAGAUGUCAGUACAUCCAGCUUCAAGAAUUAGAGUGUGACUGGGAGGAAAUCACAACCCUGGGGCCCAAAGGUGAAAUUUCUGUCCUUCUUGACAAGAAGAGUGGAAAACAGUACUCCAUUGACGAUGCUCUGCGGUUUAGAAGGAUUACCAAGGAGGAAUAUCAGCUCUACAGGGAAGGCAAAAUCCCCAUUUCUGAGUUUGCUCUGCUGGUAGCAGGAGAAACAAAGCAGAGUUCUUCCCUUUCUCUUGGUUCAAUCAUCUCCAAGUCUCCAGCUACAUCCCCUGCCUUCCAGAAAAAGCAGAGUUUCUUUCCUCCUGGGCCACAAAUGGCUUUCUGUGAUGACACUUUCCCCAUUGCUGGAAUAUAUGAUACCACCUCUGAGAACAAGUACAACAUUAAGUCUGCACUUAGUAAGAAGCUCAUAGAUCCAAUGACGGCUCAAAAGCUUCUAGAGGCUCAAGCUGCAACAGGAGGCAUUGUGGAUCUUAUUUCACGGGAUCGCUACUCUGUCCACAAGGCCAUUGAUAGAGGAUUGAUUGACAACACCUAUAUGCAGAGGUUGCUGAAUGCUCAGAAAGCUUUCACUGGGAUUGAAGAUCCUGUCACCAAGAGAAGGCUGUCUGUAGGAGAGGCAGUCCAGAAAGGGUGGAUUACCAAUGAAAAUGCCUUCCCUUAUUUACAGGUCCAACACUUGACUAGAGGGCUUAUAGAUCCCAAGAAAACUGGUCGAAUCCCUGUGUCAGAGGCUGUCCAGACAGGCAUGCUUAGCAGUGACCUGGCCAUGAUGCUGGAAGAUGAAUCGAACUACGAGAAGGAUCUUGUUGAUCCUAUCACCAAGGAGAAGAUUAAUUACAAGGAAGCCAUGGCUCGUUGUCAGAAAGAUCCUCUAAGCGGGCUUCUGCUGCUGCCAGCUGCUUCAGAGGGAUACCAGUCAUAUCAAUCAGCAAACCAUUCACCCACCUUGCCUCAGUUCAGGCACUGAAAGACACAUCACAUUCUUUAAUUCUCUGAUGGCCUCAUCAUCUUUAAUUCCCUGAUUGCUUUAAAUGUGACCCCGUGCCCUUUCCCUGUUGGACACUAGCUCCAUUGUUCUCCUUCCACUGGCCAUGCCGGCUGGGUCUGAUGGGAAGGGAAGCCCUAAACAUCUGGAGGAACAAGGUUGGGUCUGAUGGGAAGGGAAGCCCUAAACAUCUGGAGGAACAAGGUCAGGAAAGGCUGUUUUGAAUCCUAAGCAGAACUCAUAUCCUGUCCAUUGGUUAACAAAACACUUGGCAAUUUGCGAGGGUCUGUGUGCUAUUCUAGGUAGGUAAUCUUACUUCAUUAUACCAAGGCAGCAAUGCCUCUUAAAAGUGCAUUUCUCAGGGUGGAAGAGUUUUCAUGCAUAAGUAACUGAAUGCUAUAGGGCAAUAAAGGGGAUUUCAAAAUCAAACAUAUGUACCGUACUUGGGGAAUCAUGCACAUCAAGUUUGAAAAGAUGUGCAUCAAGGUGCUUUGCGCUUGUUGUCAUGCAUUUAAUAAAAAU